UAUGUUAUUUUGGCAAUUUUGUUUAUUUUGGUUUGAAUCGUAAAGCAAACGGUUCGCAUUUCAGGCGGCGAUUUGUGAAAGAAGAUAAAUGUCCAACGAUAAACGAACCGUUUAUGUCGGAGGCCUCUCGGACGAGGUAACCGAGAAGCUGAUAAACGAUGCCUUCAUCCCAUUCGGCGACUUGGUCGAUAUCCAGAUGCCGGUGGAUUACGAAUCCCAGAAGCACCGCGGUUUCGCGUUCAUAGAGUUCGAAAAUGCCGAAGAUGCUGCAGCCGCCGUGGAUAAUAUGAACGAUUCGGAGCUCUGUGGCAGAACGAUACGAGUGAACAUAGCCAAACCGCAACGCAUUAAGGAGGGCAGUAAUAAGCCAGUGUGGGCUGAGGAUGCUUGGUUACAGCAACAUGCCGGGGCUACCUUGAAAAAUCCGGAAGAAGGUGAAGGAGAAACCGAGGAGAUACAACCUAAGGAGCCUAAAGCUCCAGAGGAGAAGAAGCGGAACCCGCAGGUUUACUUCGAUAUCCGUAUAGGUAGCAAUGACGUGGGAAGGAUCAUAAUGUCACUGAGGGCAGAUAUUGUGCCGAAGACGGCUGAAAACUUUCGUGCUUUAUGCACCGGGGAACAAGGUUUCGGGUACAAGGGCUCAACGUUUCAUCGAAUCAUUCCGGAAUUUAUGUGCCAAGGCGGUGACUUCACUGCUAACAAUGGAACAGGUGGCAAGUCUAUAUACGGGAAAAAGUUUGCAGACGAAAAUUUCAUCCUCAAGCACACCGGGUUUGGGGUACUUUCAAUGGCCAACUCGGGACCGAACACGAACGGAUCGCAAUUCUUCAUCUGCACUGAAAAGACUGAUUGGUUGGAUAGCAAACACGUGGUUUUCGGGAAUGUGAUAAGCGGUGCUGAUGUGGUGCGCAAGAUGGAGAGGAACGGUACCAAAAGCGGAAAGGUGAAUCAGAAAGUAACAAUUGUUGCGUGUGGAGAAUUAAAGGGCUAGUAAU